CUCUCUCACCGUCGUCCACGUUUCCGAUCCAAUGGCGGCGAUUUGUCCCUGUUGCCAAAACCCUCAAGGCCAGUUUCGUCUACGCCCUAAAAUUUGCUUCUUCCAAUAGGGUUCUUCGGGCGCCAGAGGAAGCCGAUGAACUUCUGAUGGUGUCCCAGCAUUCCGCGAGCAAUAUCUGGUUUCCUGCGGUCACUGUGAACUCGUCCGCGGCCGGGAAGCAUGAAUCCUCAUCGGGAAAUCGCGGCAUUGAAGCAGAAGAGGAUGGGAAAUCUAGCGCUCCCAAAGUGAAUUUCAAAGAGAAAACGAUCUCCGCGGCCGGCGCAGCUUUCCUGUCAGCUGUCAUUGUGAAUCCUUUGGAUGUAGCGAAGACUAGGCUCCAGGCACAAGCAGCAGGAGUCCAGUAUCAAAAUCACAUCACAGACUCUCUCCAGCACCAGGUGCUUGAUGGAAAGUGUCCUCCCGUCUGCCCACGAGGUGGUCCUGCCGAAGUUCCACAGUGUCCCCCGGAUUGUUUCCGCUACAAGGGAACUUGGGAUGUUUUCUACAAAGUCGUUCGACAGGAAGGAUUCUUACGUCUCUGGCGUGGCACGGACGCAGCACUCGCCAUUGCGGUUCCUACCGUUGGGAUCUACUUGCCGGUGUAUGAUGUCUUUCACGAGUGGCUGGAGGAUGUUUCCAAGAGAAACGCUCUUCACAUUGAGCCAUACACGCCGCUUAUAGCUGGUACUGUGGCGAGGUCCCUGGCAUGCAUUGUCUGUGGUCCCAUUGAAUUAGCUCGGACGCGAAUGCAGGCUCAUAAGGAGGUUCGCCAAGGUGUGAGUCCUCCGGGGAUGUGGGCUACAAUGUCUGGAGCUUCAGAACGACCGGGUGGCUCACUCCAAAGGGUCAGAGGCUUGUGGACGGGCGUUGGAGCACAACUAGCUCGAGACGUGCCCUUCUCAGCGAUUUGCUGGAGCAUUUUAGAGCCUAUUAGGAAGAGCGUCCGUCAAAGACUUGGCUCGGAUAGCGCACUAAGCGUUCUAACCGCGAACGUUUGUGGUGGAUUUCUGGCCGGGAGCAUUGCUGCAGCAGCGACGUGUCCUUUAGACGUUGUCAAGACGAGGCGGCAAAUACUGGUAAACGUUGGUUCUUCCUCGCUCGUUGGUAUCUUACCUUCUUCUCUGGCAACUGUGAAGGACCCCUCCAAGCGAAUGGAUUCUAACACUGCCAAAGUCCUGAUGACGAUCUGGAGGGAUGAAGGGCUGAGGGGACUCUUCUCCGGCGUCGGCCCUCGCGUUGCCCGAGCCGGUCCCUCGGUGAGCAUUGUAGUUUCUUUCUACGAAGUGAUGAAGCUUUUCAUCCAUCACACUGGGAGUGAUGAAAGACACUGAGCGACGCUCACAGUGGAAGAGGUGAGCCAAUUCUCUCUUCGAAAUUUUUUUGGACUGCCAGAGACAAUUUUGCGAGCGUGCCAAUUUUCUUAAGCACGAUUAACUGUACAAAUCUGUCAAUAAAGCAAAAAGGGUCUAAAGUCUGCCACGUU